AUGUCACCAUCGCAAUCUUUUUCGGAAUUUAAUACUUCAUGCGGACAAUUUCCAGAAGGUCAUACAGAAAUACUUAAUACUGAAGUUACUAAUCCAGAUGCCAAAAGACAUAAAAAUGUAACAGUCCCUGAACUUGAACUAGCCCUCAAAGAAUUUAUUUUAAUCUACCAAAACAGAUACAUCUUAAGUGAAGCCAUUUUAAUUGAAAAAGCCAAGCAAAUAGCAAGUGGAUUGGGAGUUCCAGAAGGAACAUUGACAUUUUCUCCUGGAUGGCUCUAUAAAUUCAAAAGACAUAAUGGAGUUAAAGAAAGCUUCAUGGAGAGGUAUCGUCAGCUGAUCUAA